AUUCUUAUUGAAAGAAAAAGUUUACAGAUAUAGACCAUCUGCGGCUGACGGAUUCAAUGUAGAAUUUGUGAUUCCUGCUUAUUUGAGUAAAAGAUGGUGCAGGUCCAAACUGAAGGUCUAGCGGAGUAUAUCCUGGUCCAGCACAGAUGGAUCAUAGUGCUUCUGGCGUUGCUGCCCAUGUCCGGCGUCUGGAAGCUUUGGUCUAUCGUCAGGAAUUACGUGGUCUUCAAGAUGAGCAGCGCGCCUAAGAUGCACGAUAAGAAGGUCAAGGAUGUACAGAGACAGGUAAAGCAGUGGUUGGAGAGCGGCCGCAGCACGCACAUGUGCACGGCGCGGCCGACGUGGCAGACCAUGUCCUUCCGCCAGGGGAUCUACAAGAAGACCUUCACCAACAUCAGGGUCAACCUCGUCGACGUCCUCGAGGUCGACACUAAAAACAUGACCGUACGUUGCGAGCCCCUGGUGACCAUGGGCCAGCUCUCCCGCACGCUGCAGCCCCUGGGCCUGGCCUUACCAGUGGUCCCAGAGCUAGACCAGUUGACAGUCGGAGGGCUGGUGAUGGGCACAGGAGUAGAGACAUCUUCUCACAUCUUCGGGUUGUUCCAACAUAUAUGUCUCCAGUAUGAACUGGUUUUGGCCGAUGGAUCAGUUGUGACGUGUAGUAAGAAUGAGAACCCGGAUUUAUUCUACGCGGUUCCCUGGUCCUACGGAACCCUGGGAUUCCUGGCAUCGGUUGUUAUUCAAGUUAUCCAAGCGAAAAAAUACGUGAGGGUCCAGUAUGAGUCCUAUACGAACAUAAAAGAGCUGUCAGCGCGCUUCAGCAAGGAAUCCCUAGCUGUCGAUCCUCACCAGUUUGUGGAAGCCAUUAUGUUCAGCAGAGACCAUGGCGUGGUCAUGACCGCUGAUAUGGUGGACGAGGUCGGCCCUGGUGGAACUUUCAAUCCAAUCGGCAAGUGGUACUCGGAGUGGUUCUUCAAGCAGGUGGAGAGGCACCUUCAGAAUUUCAUCUAUGGCUUCAAGCGUCCCGUGGUAGAGUACAUCCCUCUCAGGGACUACUACCACAGGCAUUCAAAGAGUCUAUUUUGGGAAGUCCAGGACAUCGUCCCAUUCGGCAACAACCUGAUCUUCCGUCUCCUGUUCGGCUGGCUGAUGCCCCCUGAGGUGUCUCUGCUGAAGCUGACCCAGCCCGAGGUAGUCGCCAGGCUGUACGAGAAGGCCCACGUGCUGCAGGACAUGCUGGUCCCCAUUGAACACCUGGAGAACGCUAUUAACAAGUUCCAUGAAGAGUUUGAGGUGUAUCCGCUAUGGUUGUGUCCGUUCAGAGUCCGUAACGAGCCGGGCAUGCUGCGAGUGAAGACUGGCUCCGAGUCGCAGAUGUUUGUUGAUGUCGGGGUCUACGGCGUGCCUAAAGCCAACAACUAUGAGACUGUACCAUCAACCCGUCGCAUUGAAGAAUUUGUGACCAAUCACAAUGGGUUCCAGAUGCUUUACGCGGAUACCUACACCACUAGAGAGGAGUUUCGCCGCAUGUUCGAUCACACCCUAUAUGACAAGGUCCGAGAGAGCCUGCCCUACUGCAAGGAAGCCUUCCCUGAGGUCUACGGGAAGGUCAACAGGAGUGUUAGGAAAUAA